UGGCUCUCCCCCAAAAUGGAGGCGGGACCGGUUAAUCGGCCGAUGCAGGGGCGCGGGGGAGACGCCUCAGGGGCGCUGCGGGGCGACUGAAACUGUGGCCGGUGGGGACACAUCUCUCCGUGGACAUGAAGUGCGCUCACUGCCAUCACUUCUCUAAGGAUGACAGCCCCAGGUUCUGCAGCCAGUGUGGGAAGCCGAUGGGGUCUCGGGUCCAGUUGCCAAAAAACAGGAGCGGCCCCGAGGCCCCCUCCCCGAAGGAGGUGGAAAUGGAGCCCGGCGGAGAACUGAAGGUGGAAGAUCCUCUUCCUUCGAUCCCGGCUGCCGGUGGCGAUCGGCGAGACAAUCCGGCCGAAUCCAUAUCGGACGCCUCGUUGACUCAGCAGGGGAGCAAGAAGAAGAAGAGGACUCGAACUAAGAAAAAGAACAAGAAUCCCUCUGAUUCUGCCGAGCCCAAUUCACCAUCCCUGUCCAGUUCGGAACCAUCAAGUCUGAGUUCCCUUUCCAGCUUGGGGGUCCUGGAUGCUCAAGGCGCUCCCCAAGACGGUCCGGCUCCCGAGAACGGGUCGACCCCCCCGGCUCCCCAGGUUUCUGCCGGAAGCGACGGGGACCAGGCCACGGGGGACCGGAUCCCGGAGCCCUCGGAGCCGAAGAGCCGGCUCGAGGGGCCGGGUCCCAAAGAGAGAGAAGGGAAUCAGGACGCCGCCGUUCCCUCGGGGCUCGCCGGCGUCGGAGGGGCCGGCGUGGGCAGGGAAGGAGGCGGGCCGGGGGGUCUGCUGGAGGAGGGUGCGCCCGCCGAGCAGACGAAAGAGACCGACGGAAACGGGGACCGGGGCCGCUCCCGGGACCGAGGCCGGAAGGAGCGCGGCGCCUCCCCGACUCCCCGGGUCCCCGAGGCGACUCAGGAGGCCGGCUCCAAGCAGGCUUCCCCUCCGGCCAGAGCCGCCAGUCUUCCCCGCCGGGAUCCGAACCCGAAGGGGCCUCCCCCCAAAUCUAAGGGGGUCCCCCCCGAAGAAAAGAAAUCCGAAGUUUCUAAACCGCAAGCCAGCGCCCCGGAGCCCAAGGAAGCAGAGGCGAAGAGCAAGCCGGCUAAGACGGGGAAGGGAUCGCUGGGGGAAGCCGAGAGCCCUGAAGCGACCAAGCCAGAGGGAGCGCCCAAGAACUACGCUGCGGCUGUGGCUUCGGGCAGUCAGAAGAGUGCCAAGGAGCAGCAGAACAAGAGAGCUAGCGAAAGCGCAGUGAAAAUAAGACCGUUGAGUCCCGGCAGAGGGAUCCAAGUCGUCUUUCAUGCCAUCAUCUCGAGACAUUUCAACUUCAACCUUCAGCAAGAUAAAGUGUUCAUCAGGGGAGGACGAGCCUUCGGGCCUGAGCAGUGGAAAGAAAAUGUCUGUGAGCUGAACUGCGUCAAGGACUUGGGAGAACACGGGUUCCUCGUUGAGGGUUUUUGUACCAUUUCCAAGGAUAAGAUGAAUCAGAGUAUCCCGUACAAAUAUUUCUUGGUCUGCGGCGAAGCCUCAGAAUACGAAUUCAUCUACAAAAGGAAGGAGUCGUCAGAACACAUAAAUCGCUGUUUGUUCAUCAAACAGUCAUUGGUCACUGCAGGAGAAUGGCACCAAUAUGAUGACAUAGUUUGCCAGAAGCCUGCAGAAAGCCUGUUUAAGAAGUUGAAGAAUCUGUUCUCAGAUGAAAAAAAAAAUGUGAUUAAAGGGAAGCAAAUUGCAGGGGAAAUUAUGCUAGACAAUAUCUUCAGCCUCCUCAGAUCCUGGAGCCCUAAGAAUGUGGAGAGUUUAUUCAGCCAGUUUUCUCAAUUCUUCUUUGUGGCGGAGAAGCCCAUGGUCUUCGAAGCAGAGGCGAAUCAUUGGAGCGAUCUUGGAUUCGGAGAGAAGGAGGUGAAGGCGCUGAUGUGGACCUAUCUGAAAAAACUGAUCUCACCCUUUUUGGAGAAGAACGCCACCGGCUCUCUGCCCGACACCCUUCCGGUGAAGAGUAAAUUGCGGACGGGACUGAUCGUCCUCAACCUAGUCAAAGAGUUCAAGCUUCCGUAUGGCAAAGACGAUAUGCCCAUGCUCUGCAGCCUCCUCUGCCUCGACUCUAUGUCCGAAGACGCCUUGCAACGAGAACUGACACUCGCCAGGGAGGGGUUUGCAAUGAUUCCCAGAACGAAAGGAGUCUUGAAGGAAUUCUGCACGGAAUGCAUCAGCAAGGAAGUCAGUCACUGGGUGUGGAUCCUCCCCGUCUUCCACAUCUUUUCGGAGCCCUUCCCCGGAGACCAGCUCCUUCCGCAACAGCCCGAGGAGUCGUGGGCGGGCCUGGACGGCCUCCGCUACAGCAGGUCUUCGGGGAAGAAGAACGAAGUGCAGCAGCUCAUGAAGAAGAAAAAGCAUCUGCUGAAAGCAGACAAGCGGCUGUUCCGAUCUUGGUUCUGCUUGCUGCCUCAGGAAAGCUUGGCCGAUUAUAUGACCGAGUUUCCGGCCAACCUCCGCGACUGCCUCGUGGGAACUUGGUAUCGGCUCCAGAAAGUGACCGUCUCUUACACGAAUCGGGAGGACAUCAGAGAUAUUCUGAUGAAGCUGCUGGACAUCAUGGACAAUAAUCAAGACAGUAGUGUCCUUCAGGAGGACUUGCUCACGUGCCUAAAACUCCACAAGGCUGUCUGCAGAGCCAUGGAAAAAUUUCGCUGGCACGAGUUGCCCGCCCUAUCUGCCGAGCUCGUAGCCAGAGCUACGGCGGCUGCCCCGUCGGUGGAACCUGGAGAAGUCUUGGAAAAUGAACCCAGGAAGCUUAAUUCAGUGAAAGAAAUAUUCCUCGAAUGCCUCACCGACACCCUGAAAUGGUUCCGGCAGUGUUCGGCGGCCUGCCCGCGUUUGCAGUUCCGUUACUUGAUCUCAGACGAUUUUAAGGAGGAACUUGAGGCCUGUAACCGGUUCGUGAGCAUAAGCUUUGCCACGGAGGACCUCACGGAGGAGUGGAAGAGAUCUCUGCUCGGCAUUAUAGAAGAAAGAAUCAAACAGGAAGCCCCAGUGGAGCAGAUCAAGGCCUACUGUCACACGGAUUUUCAGGACAUGGACGCCUGCAUCAGCAAGUGCUUCGAGACCUGCGCCAUUGAAGCCGUGAGCUCGGCCUGCCAGUCUCGGACCAACAUCCUGGACAUGGUCGGUUCGAGCAACCUGGGGAGGUUCGGCUCCCUGGUGUCGGAGGUGAUCACCAAGUCGUGGCCGAGGCGGGAUGGGAAAGAGGCGGACGACUUGGAGGAGGUUUUAGAGCACCUGCUGACCUGGCCCGAUACCAAACACCUCUUCAACUUGUACGGAACCAACCAGCAGAUCCUGGAGAAGAUUUCCGGGGACGCCAAGAAGCUGUUGGCCAUGGCCGACGAGGUGUUCGCGAAGGUGAUGGACGACCUCCUGAGUGGACAGAUCCUGAUCGGACGUCUGGAGCAGAUCGCCAAGCACAAGAAAAUAUUUCAGGAUAUAUGGGAACUGAAGCAAAAGAGUCUUUCCCCCCAGGAGAAGAAACAUGAUCUGAACAAAGUGUUGUCCCAGAGGGAGAAUGAAUUAAACUACGUGAAGCUCGAGAAAAGAUACGUGGACUGUCUCCUGAUGAUGAUUCAGGAAGUGGACGAGUUAAGAGUGGCUACUGGAGAGAUCAAGAGGAUCCAUUUGGAAGACCUGCGAGGAAAGAGACUGCACGAGGCGGUGGAAGUGUCGUUGCCGGACUCUCCUCCCAAGGAAGAAAAGAAAACGCAUUACAACCUGCACCGUGACGUCCUGAAAAUGGCCCAAAAAAUGGAGUCUUUAAAGGAUAGCCACAUCUUCCAGAUGUGCUGGAAGCAAGGAGCCAGGAGCUUUGUGGAGAGCGAAGAGCCAGAAGACGAAACACUGGACUUAGAAGACAUCUGCUUCGUGCUCUUCCACCCCUGCGUCGAAAGGUUUACCCGACUGUAUAAGGACCUGAAGUCCGGAGACCUGACGCUGGCGGAGGUGGACGUCGUCUUCAGAGACUUCAACAACGAGUACGCGGCUCUCACCAGAGACCUCCACGUCAUGCGCCAGUUGGACGGGAGCGACCGAGGGAACUGGAUCGACCAGAGGGUCGGGCAGAUCAAAGAGUACCACCAGCUGCACCUGGCUAUCCAUUCCGCCAAGGUCAUCGCCAAGGUCAAAGACAACCUGGGCCUGACGGGCGACUUCGGCGUCCUGCAGACCCUGUUGAACUUCACCGAGGAGUUGCCGGCCUUCGGGAAGGAAAAGCUGGAUCGUAUCAACAAGCAGCUCAUCCACGCCAAGCAGCUGCUGCAGGAGAUCGACGAGGCCCGUCGCCAGGCCCUGGAGGAGGUCUCGCUGAGAAAGGACUUCAUAAGAUGGGUCCGAGAGGCUCUGGAAGACAUCAACGAACUGAAGGUGUUCGUGGACCUGGCGUCCAUCUCGGCGGGGGAGAACGACAUGGACGUGGACAGGGUGGCCUGCUUCCACGACGCCGUGCAGGGCUACGCCUGUCUGCUCUACAAGCUGGAGGCGGGGGCCGACUUCGACCGGUUCAUGGACUGCCUGAAGGAGCUGUGGAAGGCCCUGGACAAUGACCGGCACCUGCCCAAGAAGCUGAGCGACUCCGCUCGGCACCUGGAGUGGCUGAAGACGGUGAAGGACAGUCACGGCUCGGUGGAACUGUCCUCCUUGUCGCUGGCGACCGCCAUCAACGGCAGAGGAGUCUACGUCAUCAAGGCCCCCGAGGAAGGCCAGGAGCUGUCGCCGGACACCGUCCUGACUCUGACCCUUCCCGAGAGCCACGGUGACCGAGAGGUGCGUCGCUAUUCCCUGGAGGAGCUGAAGGAGCUGCUGAAUAAACUGAUGCUCAUGUCCGGCAAGGGAGACCAGAGCAACGUGGAGGUGGAGAGGUUUUCCGAGGUGUUCUGCAACGUCCAGAGGCUGGCCCAGGCCUUCAUCAACCUGCACUCCUCCGGGAACCUGCUGUUCAGAGCCUGGUCGGCGUCGGUGAGCUGCUGCUCCUCCUCCUCCUCCUCCUCCUCCUCCCGGAGCGAGGCCCGCGUCGACAUGGACUUCCAGCUGGAGCCGGUGGGGAAGCUGAGCGGGCGGGGCGAGGCGGGCGAGGUGCUGGCGGCCCUGUGCAAGCAGAUGGAGCGGUUCCUGGACCAGUGGAAGCGGGUGGUGGCCCGGAAACGCGCCGGCCACUUCUACCUCAACUACUACAGCGCCGAGCAGCUGGUCUACCUGGGCCGGGAGCUGAGCGAGGAGAGCCCCUCCGAGGCGGCCCUGACCAUGCUGUCCUUCAUCAAGGACGACUGCAACAAGUACGACCUCCUGGAGGCGGCCUCCGGGGAGCCCCCCGCCGCCGGCCGCCCCGCCGGGGCCCCCGCCGCCCCGGUCCCGGUGCUGGCCUCCGGGGCGGACCUGGGGACCGAGCUGAGGGCGGUGUGGGAGGCCCACCUGGACGGGACGGGCGCCUUCCUCCCCGACAGCCUGGACCUGGACGCCCUGGGCCUCCGGCUGGCCCGCCUGGCCGCCCUGGCCGGGCCGCCCGUCCUGCGGGACCUCCCCGGGGGCCUGCGGGCCGGCCGGCCCAACCUCAUCCUCUGCCCGCCCGCCGAGGUGCUGGCCUCGGCCCUGGCCGUCUACAUGGAGAGCCCCGGGCAGCCGCCGCCCUCCUACGACGAGGUCCUGCUCUGCUCGGCCGAGACCGGCUUCGAGGAGGCGGCCCUGCUCCUGCGCCGCUGCCUGACCCCGGGCUACGGGGGCCGCAAGGUGUACAGCCUCCUGAACGCCGACCAGCUCAGCUACGACGUCGGCUGCCGUCUGGAGGAGCUGUUCCAGGGGCUGCGCGGGCGGCCCCACCGCCGGGACUAUCGGCUGGUGCUCGUCUGCAGCGGCGAACGGGACCACUGCUACGUCCCGUCCGCCUUCAGCCAGUACAAGGUCCUCGUCACCCCGCAGCGGCCGGCCCGGGACAUCCGCGACUACUUGGCCCGGCACUUCCACGCCCCCCGGGACCGGUCGGCCGCCCGGGUCUUCGAGGGGCAGAUGUGCGUGGGACUCGUGACCUCCGAGAGAGCGGGAGUCGGAAAGUCGUUGUACGUGAAGCGGCUGCACCAGAAGUUGCAGGCGAAGUUCCCCGAUCGGGACGUGCCUCUGAAGACCAUCCGACUGAUCGAGCCUAAGGUGGAUGAGAGCAAAGUGCUCCGGUCCCUGCUGCCCUUCCUGAGUGCCAAGUACCAGAAAAACCCCAUGAUCUUCCACCUGGACGUCACCCCCUCGGUUCAGAGCGGCGUCUGGGAACUCCUCUUCAAGCUGCUGGUCUCGCGGCACCUGAUGGACACGAAUGGGAAGAUGUGGCUUCGGCGGGAGCACCACCUCUACGUCAUCGAGAUCCUGGAAACGGCCCCGGGGACCCCGGAGAAACCGUCCAAACGGACCCAGCCCGGGCCGAGGUUCAGUUUCCCGGACGUGUUCCCGAAGGUCACGUGCCGGCCUCCCAAGCAGGUCCUGGAGAUGCAGACGGAGGCGGGCCGGCCCCCGAGCCCCCGGAACCCGGGGAUGGACCCGCGGAAGUUCCGCAGCCAGCCCUUCCAGCGGGCCUUCCAGUACCUGCGGCGCUUCGACCAGGGGCGGGACCUGGACGGGUUCCGCUACGCGGCGGGCUCCGUGGAGGGCACCCCGAGCGAGUGCCUGCGGCACCUGCUGCUGCACUGCGGGGUGAUGGACCCCUCGUGGGCCGAGCUGCACAACUUCACCCGCUUCCUCAACGUCCAGCUCCGGGACUGCGAGGCGUCCAUCUUCUGCGACCCCCGGUUCGUCGGCGACACCCUGGCGGGCUUCAAGCGCUUCGUGGUGAGCUUCAUGAUCCUCAUGGCCCGCGACUUCGCCACCCCGUCGCUGUCCUCCUCGGACCAGAGCCCGGGCAGGCGGGCCCCCGAGCCGGACGGGGUCCCCGAGGAGGCCCCGGCCCCCUUCUCGGUGCGCCGGAGGUGGGAGUCGGAGCCUCACCCCUACCUCUUCUUCAACGACGACCGCACGUCCAUGACCUUCGUCGGCUUCCACCUGCGGGAGAACGCGGCCGGGGGCGUGGACGCCCUGAGCCCCUCGACGGGGCGGGUCAUCAAGGGGGACGUCAUGAGCCGGGAGCUGUACGGGGGCCUGCUGCUGCAGAAGGUGCCCUUCAACGUGGACUUCGACGCCCUGCCCCGCCACCAGAAGCUGGAGAAGCUGUGCACGGCGCUGGGGAUCCGGUGGGCCCUGGACCCCGACGAGACCUACGAGCUGACCACCGACAACGUCCUGAAGAUCCUGGCGGUGGAGAUGCGCUUCCGCUGCGGGAUCCCCGUCAUCGUCAUGGGCGAGACGGGCUGCGGGAAGACCAGGCUGAUCCGCUUCCUGACGGAGCUGCGGCGGGGCGGGGCGGAGGCGGAGAACCUCCGGCUGGUCAAGGUCCACGGCGGGACGGACGCGGCCCUGAUCCACGCCCGGGUCAGGGAGGCGGAGGCGGCGGCCCUGGCCAACCGGGCCCGGCACGGGCUGGACACGGUGCUCUUCUUCGACGAGGCCAACGCCACCGAGGCGGUCGGCUGCAUCAAGGAGGUCCUGUGCGACCGCACGGUGGACGGGCGGCCGCUGGAGCGGCACUCGGGCCUGCGGGUCGUCGCCGCCUGCAACCCCUACCGCCAGCACCGCCCCGAGACGAUCCGCCGGCUGGAGGCGGCCGGCCUCGGCUACCGGGUCCGGGCGGAGGAGACCACGGACCGGCUGGGCUCCGUCCCCCUGCGCCGGCUGGUCUACCGGGUCCACGCCCUGCCGCCCGGCCUCGUCCCCCUGGUCUGGGACUUCGGCCAGCUGGACGACGCCACCGAGAGGCUCUACGUCCGGCAGAUCGUCCAGCGGCUGGCCCGCGGGACGGGCCUGCCCCCGGCCCGGCUGGGGGCGAUGGCCGAGGCGCUGGCCGCCUCCCAGGGCCACCUGCGGCGCCGGGGCGGGGGGCGCGGCUACGUCAGCCUGCGGGACGUGGAGCGCUGCGUCACCGUCUUCCGCUGGUUCCUGGAGCGCAGCGGCUGGCUCCUGGACCGGCUGGAGGCCUCGCCGGGCCCGGGCCGGGGCGGCCGGCCGGACCCCGUCCUCUGGUCCCUGGUGCUGGCCCUGGCCGUGUGCUACCACGCCUCCCUGGAGGAGCGGGACAGCUACUGGCAGGCCGUCUGCCCGCUGCUGCCGCCCGGCCCCUACCGGGAGGCGCGGGCCGUGCUGGAGGAGAUCGACCGCGUGCAGGACCUCUUCCUGCGCGGCGUCCCGCUGCGGGGCAACGUGGCCAGGAACCGGGCCCUGAAGGAGAACGUCUUCAUGAUGGUGGUGUGCGUCGAGCUGAGGAUCCCCCUGUUCCUGGUGGGCAAGCCCGGCAGCUCCAAGUCCCUGGCCAAGACGGUCGUGGCCGACGCCAUGCAGGGCCGGGCGGCCUACUCGGCCCUGUUCCGCCGGCUGAAGCAGGUCCACCUGGUCUCCUUCCAGUGCAGCCCGCACUCCACCCCGCAGGGCAUCGUGGCCACCUUCCGCCAGUGCGCCCGCUUCCAGCAGGGCAAGGACCCGCGGGAGUACGUGGCGGUGGCGGUGCUGGACGAGGUGGGCCUGGCCGAGGACUCGCCCCAGAUGGCCCUCAAGGCCCUGCACCCCUUGCUGGAGGACGGCUGCGUCGACGACGCCCCGGGCCCGCGCGAGAAGGUGGGCUUCGUGGGCAUCUCCAACUGGGCCCUGGACCCGGCCAAGAUGAACCGGGGCCUCUUGGUGGCCCGGGGCAGCCCCGGCAAGAGGGAGCUGGUGGAGAGCGCCCGGGGCGUCUGCGGCCCGGACGCCCUGACCCGGGAGCGGGUGCGGGGCUGCCUCGCCGCCUUGGCCGAGGGCUACGAGGCCGUCCUCCGGGCCCAGGACAAGGAGUUCUUCGGCCUGCGCGACUACUACAGCCUGGUCAAGAUGGUCGCCGCCGCCACCGGGGCCUCGGGCGGGCCGCCGGCCCCCCGGGACGUCGCCCGGGCCGUCCUGCGCAACUUCAGCGGCAAGGACGACGUCGACGCCCUGGCCCUCUUCGCCGUCCGCCUGCCGGAGGCCGGCCGGCCCGAGGAGCUGGGCGCCCUGCGGCUGGUCGGGGAGAACAUCCGCGGGGACGGCCCGGGGGGCGGGGGCGCCGACCACCCCGGGUGCCGCUACCUCCUGGUGCUGACCAGGAACUACGCGGCCCUGCAGAUCCUCCAGCAGGCCUUCUUCCGGGAGGGCCCGCCGCCCGAGGUCAUCUUCGGCUCCGGCUUCCCCCGGGACCGGGAGUACGCCCGCGUCUGCCGCGACAUCAACCGGGUGAAGGUCUGCAUGGAGACGGGCCGCGCCGUGGUCCUCCUCAACCUCCACGGCCUCUACGAGAGCCUCUACGACGCGCUCAACCAGUACUACGUCCACCUGGGCGGCCAGAAGUACGUGGACCUGGGCCUGGGCACCCACCGGGUCAAGUGCCGGGUGCACCCGCGCUUCCGCCUGAUCGUCGUCGAGGAGAAGGAGGUGGUGUACGCCCGCUUCCCCGUCCCGCUGAUCAACCGGCUGGAGAAGCACUACCUGGACCUCAGCACGGUGCUGGAGGCGCGGCACCGGGAGGCCGCCCGGGAGCUCGAGGCCUGGGCGGCCGCGUUCGCCGCCCUCCGGCCGGCCCGGGCGCCGCCCCGCCGCGACUACGGCCCGCCCGACGUCUUCGUCGGCUACCACUCGGACACCUGCGCCUCCGUGGUGCUGCGGGUGGCCGAGAGGCGGAGGCGGGAGGCCGCCGGGCCCCGGGAGGACGCCCCCGGGCUGGCCGAGGAGGCCCGGCUGGUGCUCCUCGACUGCGCCACCCCCGACGCCGUCGUCCGCCUGCCCGCUUCCAAGCUGGACCCCCGCUCCGCGCGCUCGCUGGCCGAGGAGUACUUCCGCCGCCAGCGGCACGGCUCCCUGGCCGACUUCCUCCGGGCCGACCUCCGGGGGAUGGGGGCCGGCCGCCCCGCCGCCUUCACCGAGGUCACCACUUUCUCCCGGCUGCUGACCGGCGUGGACGCUGAUUCUCUGGAGGCGGAAAUCGGGGACGGGGCUCAGAGACCUCGCAUCUUGUCGCUGCAGCAGUUUGACACGGAGUACUCGUUCCUCAAAGAGAUCCGCAACUGCCUGGACCCCCCGGAAGGAAACAGAAUCCUCAUCGUUCAGACGGACUUCGAAGACGGGUCGCAGAGCGCUCAGCUCAUCGCCUCGGCCAAGUACUCCGUUGUCAAUGAAAUCAACAAGGCGGAGCUGACCGGGGGCUGCGUCUCCGUCUAUUUCAUCACCAAACUCUCCCGGGCCGAGAGUGGGACUCCCUACGUGGGCUUCCACGGAGGGCUCUGGCGGAGCGUGCACAUCGACGACCUCCGCAGGCCCACCUUCAUGGUCUCGGACAUCGAGGCGCUGCAGAACGUCUCCGUCAGCCAGUUGUUCAGCCGGCAGGAGGACGAGCCUCGAGGAGCGGUGCCGGAAGCCGAAAGCGACCCCGCGGCGGGCACGGAGACCGGGCCGGAGGGGGGCCGGGAAGCGGAGCUCGGAAAUCCGAGGGAAGGCUCCGAGGAGAAGGCGGAGGAGGGGCCCUCGGAGAUGCAGAGAAGUCACGCGGAGGUUCUGGACACCACCGUCCUCCUGCGGAGCUGCGUGCAGAGCGCCGUGGGCAUGCUCAGGGAGGAGGAGGGGGCCCCCAGCCGCUCGCCGCGACGCCUAGAGCUGCUGCUCGGCCUCCUGACGGAAGAGGACGGCCCGCAAGCUUCGUUCUUGCGGGUGGCCAAGACUCGCCUCUGCGCCCUCCUGAAGAACCAAGAGGAAAAGAUUUACCACUACAACGUGAAUGAGUGGGUGGCCAGGGAAGCCUUCAACCAAGACGCCCUGCAGGAGGCGGGGACUUUCAGGAACAGCCUGUGGAAGCGGGUCCAGAACGUGGUGACCCCUCUCCUGGCCAGCGUGGUGGCCUUGGUCGACAGAGACCGCAAUCUGGAUUUACUGGUCUGCCCGGAGUCCCCCGCUUGGGUGAGAAGUCUCUGGAUGUUCAUCUUCGGCAACGUGAAGCUCCUCGUGAUCCCGUCCGUGGCCGUCAGCGGUGGGUCGGCGACGUCCAGGGCCCCGCUCCUGGUGCAGAACGACAUGAAGCUGCCCGAGAACGUCUGCGACCGCGUCCCCUUCAGCUGGAGAAUCAAGGAGUACCUGGAAGAGCUCUGGGCGCAGGCCCGGUACAUCUCCAACGCCGAAGGCUCGGCGGAGAAGUUUGUGGAGAUCUUCGAGCAGACGCCGCUGGGCAAGUUCAUCUCCCAGAUGAGGGAGGAGGAACGGCGGGGCCUCCUUCACGGCUACCUCAGAGACUUCCUCCUCUUGACGACGAGGGUGGCCACUUGCGACGAACUACGGUUUCUGCUGGUGGCCCUGUCGUCGGGCCUGGAGCAGCUGAAGGCGUCGAAGAGCCCGGAGGAGGAGCUUUCCCUGCCUUGGGUGCACCUGGCCUACCGGCGCUUCAGGAGCCGCCUGCAGAACUUCUCUCGCAUCCUGGCCGUCCACCCGCCCGUGCUAGACGCCCUCAAGGGAGCGGAGGACAGCCAUAACCUGAGCGGCUCCGAGAUGGCUCUGGACGUGCGCGCGGCCCUGGCCUGUGUGGAGAUGUUGAGGGACGGCGUCCUGAAGCCCAGCCCCAAGGCCUGGUUGCGGGCGGUGAAAAAUCUGCGCAUGCCCAUCGAGCUCGUCUGUUCGGAGGGCCACUUGCGAGACGGCGGGAACGUGUGCGAGGUUCUGCUCCGGAGCGUCAGGACCCAGUGGAAUCAAGUGUUCUCCAUGGCUCUGUUCGUGGAACAUGUCCUGCUGGGGACCGAGGCUCGGAUUCCAAAGCUGCAGGAGCUCGUCAAGGAUUACGUCUCCCUCCUGGGCAAGUGCCUGGAGGACGACUCCGACGUCAAGACGUUGAAACCUUUCACUGCGGUGAUAUCCACCCUCUGUCGGUGCAAGGAAACGGUCAGCCAGGCCUACUUCCGGUAUGGCCUGCUGCCCUGUCCGAUCUGUCUCGGGGACCCCAAAGAGCCAGUCUGCCUGCCGUGCGACCACGUGUUCUGCCAGCAGUGUAUCACGUGGUGGAUGACCCCGGGACAGCUGACUUGCCCCUACUGUCUGACGGAACUGCCGGACCGGUUCGCCGUCACCGUCUCCGGAGAGCACAGGGCCGCCUUCACCGAGCACGCCCAGUUUCGUCAGAUGUGUAACAGCUUCUUCAUCGACCUGGUCACCGGCAUGUGCUUCAAAGACAACGCUCCGCCGGACAAGGAAGUCAUCGAAGAGCUGCUCUCGCUGCUUUUUGUCCGCAAGGAGCUCCUGAAAACCGUCCCGCAGCGAAGCGCCGAGUACACCAAGACCCUCUCCCCUUUCGACGACGUGGUGGAUAAAACGCCCGUCAUCCGCUCCGUGGUGCUGAAGCUGCUCCUGAAAUACAGCUUCCACCACGUGAAGGAAUUUCUCCAGGAGUACCUGUCCCAGAUAGAGAAGAAGCCAUUCUUGGACACGGACAAAACCGAACUCUAUUCGCUCUUCAUAAACUGCCUAGAGGACUCGAUAGUGGAGAAGGCCGGCUCCCGCUCCCCGAACGACGGGCUGAACGACCUGAAGGAGGAAGGCCUUUUCCUCCGGAUCUGCUCCCCUCUGCGGGAGGGCACGGGGGUCGUCUCCGAGGCCUCGGUGGAAUACCUCCAGGAGGCGGCCCGGAUCCGCCUCUGUCUGGCCCGAGCCGCCGACCUGCUCUUCCAACAGCACCAAGAUCCAGGGUUGGCCCCGGAGAAGCAGAGCUACCUGCAGGAGGUGAAGGGCUUCUGCCUCAAGGCACACAGCGACUGGUAUCAGGUGUAUCUGGUGCGGAAGCUGACCGACCAGUUCGGGAUGGAGUUCGCCCAGAACCUGGGCAGGGAGCCUCGCUUCCAGUGGGUGUUCCCCAAGAAAAUCCUUCAGCUGCAGAAGGAUCGGCCGGGCCAGAUGGAUCGGUACCUGGUGUGCGGAAACAACUACAAGGCGCUGCGCGAUGCCUUGGGCGAAGCCCUCAUCAAGUGCGACGCGGAGAUCGUCGUGAAAGCUCUGGAGGCGUGUAACAGUUCCGGAACCGAGCAGGCCGUGUACCUGCUCCUGGCGAUCUUCCAGGAGCUGACCCUCCUCUACAGGUCCCCCAACCCGAGCGUCCACCCCACGGCGGAGCAACUGGAGACCGUGAACGGGUUCAUCGAGAGAGCCCGGGUCCUGGCCCCUCCGGACGUGCAGAGGGUGGCCAAGUCUCUAGUGAGCAACACCUUCCAGUCGCUGCCCGUGAGCCCCACCGACUCCGGCCACUGGGGACGAGCGACGGAGCUGGCGGUCCACGCUGCUGCCGUGUUGCUGUCGGCGAACGACCCCGUGCUGGCCCCGCUGAGGAACCUGGCCUUCGCCCCGGCCGUCAUGCGGGACUCCUUUCUUCCAACCAUGCCCGAGGACCUGCUGGCUCAGGCCCAGACCUGGCAGGGGAUGGGAGCCGUUCGUUGGUAUCGGUGUUCCAACGGCCAUCCCUGCGUGGUGGGAGAGUGCGGUGCCCCCAUGGAGCGCAGCUGGUGCGUGGACUGUGGCGUCGCGGUUGGCGGGGAGAACCACAGGUCCGACCGAGGCUUUCAACCGGUCCAGAACGACCUAGACAGGACCCAGAGAGGCCACGUGCUCGGGAGCCCCCGGAGCAGGGAGCCGGCGGCGGUGGGCGACAGGGAGCUGUCCCCGGUGGUCUUCAUCCUCCUCCGCCUGCUCACUCACCUGGCGAUGCUCCUGGGGACCUCCCAGAGUCCGGAGUCCCUGCGGACGAUGAUCAAGCCCCAGGUGCGGGAUCCCGGGAGCUUCCUCCUCCAGCACAUCCGGAAGGACCUGGAGCAGCUGACCGAAACCCUGGGCAGGAGCGCCGACGACACCGUCAACGUGGUCCACCUCGUCCUGGGCGGCUUCCUCAAGGCGCCCCGGGGAGUCCCGGGCCGGGAGCCCCUGGAUUCCGACCCGACGCUGUCCACCAAGGAGAGGAGAAACCGUUGGGAAAAGGUCGUCGCGGGCCUGAUGGUGUCCGAACUGAAGAAUCUGGACGAGACCCUUCGGGAGGUGAACGGCCGCAUCAGCCGGGACGAGCGCAUCACCUCCAACCUGGUGGCCAAGAUGGUUUACGGCGACCCCACGCCCUUCCUGAGCCGCCUGCCCCGCCCCAGCACCGUGCACUGCUCCAGGAUCUGGACCUGCAGGAAGAAGGUCAGCGUCGACCACCUCCGCCACGUGGUCGAGCAGCGGGACGGCCGGGACACGGUGCCCAUCCUCUGGCGCUUCCUGCAGAAGGAAGGGGAACUGCGGCUGGUGAAGUUCUUACCGGAGAUCCUGGCCCUGCAGAGAGAUCUGGUCAAGAGGUUCCAGAACGUCUCCGAAGUCGAAUUCCACACCAUCAGAGUUUUCCUCAACAGCCACCCAUCAGAUGGGAUGAAGCGUCUGAUUCGGGAGAGAGUAGAAACCUUCCUGUCCACGUGGAACCGUCUGAGACGGUCCAUCGAUACCAACGGUGAGAUUAAGCUCCCCAGGGGUUACUGCGACGCCGACCUGACCCUGGACAGCGAGUUUGAAGUCCUCCUGCCCCGGCGGCGCGGGCUGGGCCUCUGCUCCACCGCUUUGGUCAGCUACCUCGUCGGCCUGCACAACCACUUCGUCUACACGGUGGAGAAGUACACAGAGGAGAGCAACGGCUACUCGGUCAGUCCCUCGGAGGUGACCGACCUGCACGUCAUCAGUUACGAAGUGGAGCGCGACUUGAUCCCGCUGAUUCUGGCCAACUGCCAGUACAGCGUGGAAAGAGGAGGGGAAACCCUGCAGGAGUUCGACCUGGAGAAGAUCCAGCGGCAGGUGAUCGGCCGUUUCCUGCAGGGGAAGCCCCGACUCGCCCUGAAGGGGAUCCCCACUCUGGUGUACAGGCACGAUCGCAACUACGAGCGUUUGUUUCGGGACAUCAAGAACAAAAUGCCGCAGACGUCCCUCCCCAACCCGGUCACCAACGCGAUCGGCGGACACCUGCAGUCCUACAGCGACGUCUGCGAAGCCCUCUCGGUCACGGAAAUCACCCUGGGCUUCCUGGGCACGGCCGGCGGCGACCCCGACGUGCUCCUGAUCCGCUACGUCCAGGACGUCCUGCGGAUGGGCGACCAGAUGGGCUCCCCCGUACUGAAGGCCCUGAGCAGGUGUCACCUCAAGCACGCCAUCGCGCUGUGGCAGUUCCUCUCCUCCCGCAAGUCGGAACAGCUGCUGAGACUCAAGAAGGAUCCGUUCGGGGAAAUCGGCGCGGCCUAUCGGGCCGAGCUCGGCGCCGAGAACGCCCGACUCCUCGACGCCUUCCUGAACGAAGCCGGGCUGGAGGCCUUCCUGCUGGAGCUUCAUGAGCUGAUUGUCCUGAAAUUGAAGCACGCCCAGGCGGAAGGGGAGUUCAACCCGGAAUGGAGCCUGGCAGAGACCCUGGUGAGUUACAUCGAAACCAAAGACGGCGACAUCCCGCCGAGGCUGGAGUCCGGCUUCCCCGGAGAGAUCCUCCUCUCCCACUGCGUGGCCGUCUGGAAGGCCGCCGCGACCCUCAAGCUGGACCGGCGGCUCCGCUGAGGGACCGGGACGUCCCGCCCUCGGCCUCUCCCGCCCCGAGGCGCCGUGGGCACCGCCUCCGGGGUGGGGGGGACUCACGACUUGAAGCUGGAAAGAAGCCAUCGCGUUGGCCAUCCCCAGACGGGGCGGGGGGCCGGAUCCAAGCCCGCCCCUACCCGCCUCCGCCCCGGGCCCGUCCCGCUCCUCGACCGUUAAGCCCGGAGCGACCGCCCCUCUCUCCUUACUGGCGCCAGGUCCGUCGGGUGGCGAGGACGGCUCUUCUGCCCCGGGCGCGUCUCUCAGGAUUCCAACCCUCUGGGGGGGGGCGGGCGGCGAAGCGACGGGACCGCCGCCCGCUCCCCGUUUGCUUUCGCUCGAGCCCGAGACCUCUGGACCACUGCCCCGGAGGGGAUGCCGACUUUCCGGCCGGUGUGUGAAGCUCAGGUCGGCUUUCUGCGAUAUUUAGAUUUCCCUCUUCUGGUGCCUUCUCCCGCUCUGAAUCUCCCGCUUUUCCAACCUCGCCGGUUGGACCCGCACGGAGAAGGGGGGAGCCCCGUGCGUCUGUGGCACCAGCUCAGCCACACCCACCCGGCCGACGGGAGACUGCCGGCGGGAGGGUCCGCCCGGAGGGACGACUCGGACGCCGCGGGAAGUUAAGAGGGGCUCCCGAAAGACGGUCGUCACGGUGUCGCGGCGGGAGACCGGCGAUCCGGUCGAUCCCGACGGCCGCUCUCCCGGACCCCGCGCCUGACGUCUUCCUCCCUCCUUCCUAGAGAAACUCCACCGAUGCGGUCGGGGCCUCAGCCGGGCCGGACCUCGGCAGAACCGUCCUGCCUCCCUCACGCCCCGUCGCUUCAAACCGUUCCUCCCCUCCCCGGCUCCUCCCGAUGCCUUUCCUCAGUCGCUCCGUGCCUUGAUCGUAUCCACUCUCUGCGGGUGAGGUGAGGACCCGGAUCGCCGCGCUGCACUUUUUCUCUCUCUCUCGUUUUUUUAUGAAGGACUUUUGCAUCGAGUUGUUUCGUGCCUUCUCGGAGUCUUAACCGUCAAAUCCGGCCGCUCCGUGACUCGCGUCUCGACGUGAGCUCGGCCCGCGACGCGGCGGAGGCGGAUCUUUUGGGCCGUCGUAAUUCCCGCUUAAAUAAUAAACGUCUCCUCGCCCCUGGG